CUGCUCUCACCAUGUUUGUGUCUGUGCUGCUCCUGUGGAUAUGUCUCUGCUUCUUGUUGCUUCAGUUCAAGUCUCGACGGCCCAAAAACUUCCCUCCUGGACCCUUGGCUCUGCCAUUUUUGGGGAAUGCACUCAGCUUAAGCUUUGACAACCCUCUGAAGUACUUUGAAUCGUUGAGGAGGACUUAUGGGAAUGUCUACAGUGUGUACAUAGGGCCCAGAGCUGUUGUGGUGGUGAGUGGGACUCAGGCUCUGAAGGAGGCUCUGGUUAACAAGGCUGUGGACUUUGCUGGACGACCUCAGAACUUGUACGUCAAUGCCAUUGUGGAAGAUAAAGGUGUAAUUGCAGCAAAUUAUGGUCAAAAAUGGAAGGAGCAUCGUCGUUUUGCUUUGAUGACCAUGAGAAACUUUGGUUUGGGCAAACAGUCGAUGGAGCAAAGGAUCCUGGGAGAACUGCAGCACACCAUCAAUAAACUGGAGAAAAACACAGGUAAAAGUCUGAGUGCUCAAGUCAUGUUUCACAACAUCGCUUCCAACGUGAUCUGCCUUGUUCUGUUUGGAAAACGAUUUAAAUAUGAUGAUGAGUUUAUCAUAAAAUAUGUGAAUAAUUUCACUGAGGUUAACAAGAUGAUCAAUGGACCUUGGUCUUUUCUGUAUGAUAGUUUUCCCUGCAUUCGCCGCUUGCCAUUACCAUUCAAAGAAGCUUUUAAGAGAAUACAGACACUAAAAAGCAUGACUUCCUCUAUAAUAAAUGAGCACAAGAAGACCAGAGUUCCAGGAUAUCCUCAGGAUUUGGUCGAUUGCUAUCUGGAUGAAAUGGACAAGAGAAUCAAUGACGGCACAUCAUUUUCUUCAGAAGAACUUCUGAUGUCUUGUCUCAAUCUACAUUCUGCGGGCACCGACACCACAUCUAACACACUGCUCACUGGAUUCCUCUACCUUAUGACCAAUCCUCAAAUCCAAGAGCGCUGUCAGCAGGAGAUAGACAGAGUGCUGGAGGGAAAGGACUGUGUCACUUUCGAUGACAGACACAACAUGCCUUAUGUCCAGGCUGUGGUGCAUGAGAGUCAGAGAGUGGCUGACACUGUCCCUCUGAGUGUUUUUCAUGCGACCACCAGAGACACAGAGCUGAUGGGCUACUCCAUUCCCAAAGGCACUAUUGUCAUUCCCAACCUGUCAUCAGCGCUCAAUGAAGAGGGACAGUGGAAGUUUCCUCAUGAAUUCAACCCUGAAAACUUUCUUAACCACAAGGGGGAGUUUGUCAAACCAGAUGCCUUCCUGCCCUUCUCUGCUGAAAGUCAGCAGGAGCGGAGGGACACAAUUUGCACAGUGUGGUCCUGCAGCCCAGACCAAAGCCCUGGAGCAGUGCAAUCAGGGUCAAGCUUGAAACCUGGUCAAAGAAUCAAAACUAAAACUAGAAGCAAGACUACCUGGACAAGUAAUAAAGAAUCAGUAUUCAAAGCACCGAUAUAUUACAUGCACAUCCAAGGAGGGAUUCUGUUUUCUAUUCUAUUUUUGUCCAGGUCCUCGAGUGUGUCUGGGAGAAGGCCUGGCCCGAAUGGAGCUCUUCCUCAUCAUGGUGACUCUUCUGAGGAGGUUUAAGUUCAUUUGGCCUGAGGAUGCAGGAGAGCCUGACUAUGAGAUGGUGUUUGGCAUUACUGUGACCCCUAAACCAUACAACAUGAAACUGGAGUUGAGGACCACACAGUGAAGAAUCUGUGUAUUU